GCCGUCUAGCAUGGAAACCGGCCAAACGUCUCGGAGGAAUGCGGGGAGGGAAACAGGUCGAGCCGGUUUAGGCAGCUCUCCGGCCCAUUUAGGAGAAGCAACGUCUGCACGUGGCUUCCUGAGAAGCGAGACGCGUGUCGUGACAAAGUGCCGAUGAUGGGGCACGUUGAAGGCGGGGAGUUUGCAAAAGACCUAGGAGCGGCAAUAGCUUUGGUAGCAGGUGUUGGUGGAAUGAGCGUUGCGUGUGUGUUGAAGAGAAAAGCAGUGCUCUGGCAGGACUCCUUCAGCCCCCACCUGAAACAGCACGGUCAAGAGACAGCUAAUCCCAACAUGCCUGUUGUUUUGACAUCUGGAACAGGGUCUCAGGCUCCGCAGCAGCCAGCUGCAAACCCAGCCCUUGCAGCGGGGACACACUCCAGUCCUGUUCCCGGAUCUAUAGGGGUUGCAGGCCGCUCCCAGGACGACGCGAUGGUGGAUUACUUCUUCCAGAGGCAGCACGGCGAGCAGCUGGGGGGAGGUGGUGGUGGCGGUGGCAGCUAUAACAACAGCAAGCAUCGAUGGCCUACCGGAGACAACAUUCACGCCGAGCAUCAGGUUCGAUCUAUGGAUGAAUUAAAUCACGAUUUUCAAGCACUUGCUCUGGAAGGAAGGGCUAUGGGCGAGCAGCUUUUGCCAGGCAAAAAAUUUUGGGAGUCUGACGAUACGAGCAAAGAUGGACCAAAAGGAAUAUUUCUGGGCGAUCAGUGGAGAGACAGCGCUUGGGGACCAUCAGAUCAUUCUGUUUCCCAGCCAAUCAUGGUUCAGAGAAGGCCCGGUCAGGGUUUUCAUGUAAAUAACGAGGUGAACUCGGUGCUGUCUCCACGAUCAGAAAGUGGCGGGCUUGGAGUUAGCAUGGUGGAGUAUGUGUUGAGCUCAUCCCCUGGGGAUUCCUGUCUCAGAAAAGGAGGAUUUGGGCCGAGGGAUGCAGAGAACGACGACAACGAUAAAGGCGAUAAGAAAAACAAGGGCACGUUUGAUGGCGAUAAAUUAGGUGAUCUGAAGGAAGAGGUGGACGUGAUGGAUAAGGCCAACGGCUUGCCUGUACAAAAUGGAAUUGAUGCUGACGCAAAAGAUUUUAGCCGGACUCCAGGGAAUUGCCAGAAUUCCGCCAGCGAUGUGGAUCUUUUAGGGCCAAACCAGAACGGAUCCGAGGGCUUAGCCCAGUUAGCGAGUACUAAUGGUGCCAAGCCAGUAGAGGAUUUUUCCAACAUGGAGUCUCAGAGCGUUCCGCUGGACCCCAUGGAACAUGUUGGCAUGGAACCCCUUCAGUUUGAUUACUCUGGGACUCAGGUACCUGUGGAUUCAGCUGCAGCAACUGUGGGAUUGUUUGACUACAAUUCUCAACAACAGUUAUUCCAAAGACCGAAUGCGCUCGCUGUUCAGCAGCUGACUGCCGCGCAGCAGCAGCAAUACGCAUUGGCAGCUGCUCAUCAGCCGCACAUAGGUUUAGCUCCUGCCGCCUUUGUGCCCAACCCGUACAUCAUCAGUGCUGCUCCACCCGGAACGGAUCCCUAUGCAGCAGGGCUCGCAGCGGCGGCAACAUUAGGGCCUGCCGUCGUCCCUCAUCAGUACUAUGGAGUUGCUCCCUGGGGCGUCUAUCCUGCCAGUCUUUUCCAGCAGCAAGCAGCUGCCGCCGCUGCCGCCACCAACUCAUCCAAUCAGCAGACCACUCAGCAGACCCAGCAAGGACAACAGCAGGUUCUUCGUGGAGGCGCCAGCCAACGCCCAUUGACACCAAAUCAGAACCAGCAGGGCCAGCAAACCGAUCCACUCGUGGCUGCAGCAGCGGUGAACUCUGCUCUUGCUUUUGGACAAGGACUGGCAGCAGGGAUGCCAGGCUAUCCAGUGCUAGCUCCUGCUGCUUACUAUGACCAAACAGGUGCUCUCGUGGUGAAUACAGGGGCUAGGAACGGCCUGGGAGCCCCGGUCCGACUGGUAGCCCCAGCUCCUGUUAUCAUCAGUUCCUCAGCAGCACAAGCAGCUGUUGCAGCUGCAGCUGCUUCAGCAAACGGUGCUGCCGGUGGUCUAGCGGGAACAACCAACGGCCCAUUUCGCCCUCUCGGGACUCAGCAGCCCCAGCCCCAGCAGCAGCCCACCAGCAACUUGGCCUCCAGCUCCUUCUAUGGCAACAACUCCCUCACUAGCAAUUCCCAGAGCAGUUCGCUCUUCUCUCAGGGCUCUGCCCAGCCAGCCAACACUUCCCUCGGCUUCGGAAGCAGCAGUUCACUUGGUGCUACGCUGGGAUCUGCGCUGGGAGGCUUUGGGACUGCAGUUGCAAACUCCAACACAGGCAGUGGCUCUCGCCGAGAUUCCCUAACAGGCAGCAGUGAACUGUAUAAGAGGACAUCUAGCAAUCUGACUCCGAUCGGGCACAGCUUUUACAAUGGCCUUGGCUUUUCCUCUUCUCCGGGCCCUGUCGGUAUGCCUUUGCCCAGCCAAGGGCCUGGUCAUUCUCAGACUCCCCCGCCUUCCUUAUCUUCUCAUGGAUCCUCUUCCAGCCUAAACCUUGGAGGGCUCACAAAUGGAAGCGGCCGCUACAUCUCUGCUGCCCCGGGGGCUGAAGCCAAGUACCGCAGUGCGAGCAGCGCCUCUAGCCUUUUCAGCCCCAGCAGUGCGCUGUUCCCUUCCUCUCGCUUGCGCUAUGGGAUGUCCGACGUCAUGCCCUCCGGGCGCAGCAGGCUCCUGGAAGACUUCCGUAAUAACCGGUACCCAAACUUGCAACUGAGGGAGAUUGCUGGACAUAUCAUGGAGUUCUCUCAGGAUCAGCAUGGAUCUAGGUUUAUCCAGCUUAAACUGGAACGUGCCACCCCGGCUGAGCGGCAGCUUGUGUUCAAUGAAAUCCUGCAGGCUGCUUAUCAACUGAUGGUUGACGUCUUCGGAAACUACGUCAUCCAAAAGUUCUUUGAGUUUGGUAGCCUGGAGCAAAAACUCGCCUUGGCUGAGCGCAUCCGUGGGCAUGUCCUCUCGUUAGCUUUGCAGAUGUACGGCUGUCGAGUUAUCCAGAAGGCACUCGAGUUUAUCCCUCCAGACCAGCAGGUAAUUAACGAGAUGGUCCGAGAACUGGAUGGCCAUGUCUUGAAGUGUGUGAAAGACCAGAAUGGCAAUCAUGUGGUGCAGAAAUGUAUUGAGUGUGUGCAGCCCCAGUCCCUACAGUUCAUCAUUGAUGCAUUUAAGGGGCAGGUGUUUGCCCUGUCCACCCACCCAUAUGGUUGCCGUGUCAUUCAGAGGAUCCUGGAGCACUGUCUACCUGAGCAGACGCUGCCCAUCCUGGAGGAGCUGCACCAGCAUACAGAACAGCUUGUGCAGGAUCAGUACGGCAACUACGUUAUCCAGCAUGUACUUGAACAUGGGCGACCUGAAGAUAAGAGUAAGAUUGUGGCAGAAAUCCGAGGCAACGUCCUUGUGCUGAGCCAGCAUAAGUUCGCCAGCAACGUGGUGGAGAAAUGCGUCACGCACGCCUCCCGCACGGAGCGCGCCAUGCUGAUUGAUGAGGUGUGUACUAUGAACGAUGGCCCUCACAGUGCCUUAUACACCAUGAUGAAAGAUCAGUACGCCAACUACGUGGUACAGAAAAUGAUCGAUGUGGCGGAGCCAGCCCAACGGAAGAUUGUCAUGCACAAGAUCCGGCCACACAUUGCAACUCUCCGCAAAUACACCUAUGGAAAACACAUCUUGGCCAAGCUGGAGAAGUAUUACAUGAAGAAUGGGGUUGAUCUAGGGCCAAUUUGCGGGCCACCAAACGGUAUCAUCUGAGACAACGGAACCUGCAGGAAGAGUCAGCUACUAUUUGGAAUUUUUACAACCAGCAACCAAUCCUAUUCCAAUAUACACUUUGAAAAUAAUCUGGUUGCUUAGCAUAAAUGAGAGAACAAAACACACACACACACACAAAAGGCAAAAAUACUCUUUGUAAAUUCCUUUAAUUUUAUUCUGCAUAACAUGUACUAAUUAUUUUUUUAAAUAUUCAAUUUCCCUGCUGUUUCAAGUGGUGUAUAGAAUUCUUGUACAUAGGCAACAGAUGUACAUGGGAAGCCACACUUUUUUCGGGUUCACUGAUGUAACUAUAUUUCAAAUACGGAAACUUUUCAGGGUAGCUGAUUCAAAAUCAGUUGAAAAGAAAACACACCCGGUUUUUAACUCAUUUGCUUUGCCAGCGAGCUUUAUUUUUCCUUCUCGGAACGCCUGGUUUUGUUCUCUUUUAGUCAUGAACUCAAAAGAGAAAUAUAAAAUUUUAGUUAAAUUGCACCAAUUUGCAUUUGACGUCGUUUAUAAAUUGAAAAGAAAGAAAAUCAGUUUGCUAAAGCUUCGAUUUGAAAGUAAGUUUUUAAGUUUCUGAAACUUUUAAAAUUCCUUUUUCUUAGUAUAAUGUGCUAAAAGAAAAUGAGAAUUGAGCUUAGCAGUCAGUAUCGGAAGAGAGACACUGCACCCCAAGGAAGGUUUUUAAAGUAGACAGAAGGGUGUGUAUUUACUGCCUACUCCAGUUUCUUCUGUUCACACGGAGGCAAUUUUUUUAUCAUUAUUUAGCAUGUAGAAAAAAAAUCCAACUCAACUUUGGUCUUGCUUCUAUAAAUAUAUAGUGUAUACUUGGUGUAGACUUUGCAUAUAUAAAAAAUUUGUAGUAUUUUCUUGUUUUGAUGUCUAAUCUGUAUCUAUAAUGUACCCUAGUAGUGGAACAUACUUUUGAUUGUACAAUUGUACAUUUGUAAACCUCUGUAAUGUAAAUGUGGAGAAGUUUGAAUCAACAUUAAAAAACCCAUUUUUGGUAAGGAAAUAAAUUAGCCGACCCUGUGCAUUUCAGUGUAUAUUCACCCCCCCCCCCCUUUUUAUGGUCGUAGCAUAUAGUGUUGUAUAUUGUAAAUUGUAAUUUCAACCAGAAGUAAAUUUUUUUUCUUUUGAAGGAAAUGUUCUCUUUAUACAGCCUGGUUAAUGUUUUAAAAAAAAAUUGCUUGGUUUUAUUUGUCACCUAGUCAGAGAGUAGCAAUCCUUUCUAAAUGUUAUACACAAAACUAUUCAGUUCGGGGAUUUAAACAAAACAAAAAAAUAGUGUUUAUUUGACUCUCUCUCUUUGAAAAGUAACGUUUUACUUUUUUUUGUGGCAGUAAAAUAAAAAGUGCAGAGAAGUACAGCCCCCCCCCCACUUAGUAUUCCUUUACAAUCAGAGUCCCCCUCCCCGCCCUUCCGCCUUGUAAAGUGUCAAUCUCUUUGCCUUUUUUGUACAGAAGAUUAAAAAAAACUGUAUUUUGCAUUUUGUCUACUUGUAAGUGAAUGUAACAUACUGUCAAUUUUCCCUUGUUUGAAUAUAGAAUUGUAACACUACACGGUGUACAUUUACGGAGCCUUGUGUAUAUUUCCAAUGACCCUUUUGCAAGCACACUUGUAACCAUAUGUGUAUAAUUAACAAACCUGUGUAUGCUUAUGCCUGGGCAACUAUUUUUUGUAACUCUUGUGUAGAUUGUCUCUAAACAAUGUGUGAUCUUUAUUUUGAAAAAAAUACAGAACUUUGGAAUCUG